ACGUCACCCCUCUCAAACUCCCGAGUCCCAAACCUCCGCAGCCUUCGCUUCGCUUCCAACCCCCAUCGAUACUUCCCAGCACGCUACGAGCUCCUCAGCUCCGCCUCAUCGUUCCAUGGCCGAUCCCAAGCCCCAGGCCGAGGCCCUGGCGGGUCCCGCGCGGAUCAACGGCGCCGCGUCGGAGGCCACGCUCUCAGGCGGCGAGCUGGCCUGGCGCCCCGCCGGCGGCGGGGAGGGGCAGGAGCGGCGGCUGGAGCUGGAGUCGGAGGUGCUCGGGUGCCGGGUCGAGGGGAGGAAGCUCAGGGUCGCGACCUUUUCUGCGAGCGGCGGCGGAGACGGGGAGCGGCCCUCGGCGCUGGCCUGCGGCGGCGGGGGCAAAGAGGGAGGAGGGGACGGGAGCCGGAGGAGAGGGGAGGUGGUGAUGGAGAUGGAAAGCGACGACGCCGCGGAGCGGUGGGGGGACGCCAUCAGGGAUCGCCUCGCCUCUCUCGGCCGGCCAAAGAGACUGUUCAUUAUAGUGAACCCUUAUGGUGGAAAGAGAAGCGGUCGGAGUAUUUUCCAGAAUAAUGUCCUACCGCUCAUUGAAGCUGCUGGCAUUCUUUAUACGAUGCAAGAAACCAAGCAUCGCCUUCAUGCUCAAGAGAUUGCACAUUCACUGGAUCUUAGAAAAUAUGACGGGAUCGUUUGUGUCAGUGGAGAUGGUGUCCUGGUGGAGGUUGUUAAUGGUUUCCUGCAAAGGGAGGACUGGGAAACAGCAAUAAAAGUUCCACUUGGGAUCAUCCCAGCAGGUACUGGAAAUGGAAUGGCACAAUCUUUAUUGCAUGCUGCUGGUGAACCGUUCUCUAUAUCAAACGCAGUAUUUGCAAUAAUCAGGGGUCACAAACGUGCACUUGAUGUUACUUCUGUUGUGCAGGGAAAGACAAGGUUCUUUAGCGUUCUGAUGCUUACAUGGGGUCUGGUAGCUGAUGUUGAUAUUGAAUCAGAGAAGUACAGAUGGAUGGGAAGCGCUCGCCUUGAAUUUUAUUUCCUUCUCCGCGUGAUGAACCUGCGACGGUACAACGGGCGUGUCCUUUUCGUUCCAGCCCCCGGAUACGAAGAAGUCGGUGAGCCCGUGGAGCAAACCACCAGUUGUAAACAGAACGGGGUUACCACUGGUAGCCAAGAAGACAAAGCAAAUGACAGAAAUGGCGAAACGAUCGGUUAUCCAGGCCCAUCGAUCGAAGAAGCUGAUCUCGAAUGGAGAUCGCUGAGCGGUCCAUUCGUUUCUGUCUGGCUUGGCAACGUUCCCUUUGCUAGCGAAGAUGCUAUGGCAGCACCAAAAGCAGAGUUCUCCGAUGGGUACCUGGAUGCAGCUAUAAUCAGGGAUUGCCCGCGGUGGGACGUGCUCGGGCUCAUGUUCCAGAUGAAGGACGGUGCGUACGUGAACUCGCCGUACGUGGAGUACUUCAAGGUGAAGGCGAUCCGGAUCGAGCCGGGCCUGCGCGUGGGCGGCAGCGGCAAGGGCGGCAUCAUCGACUCGGACGGGGAGGUGAUCGCGCGGGGCGACGGGGCCCGCGCCGGCGAGGCGGAACACCUGAUGGCGUACGGCCCGCCCAUCCAGCUGACGGUGGACCAGGGGCUGGCCACCAUCUUCUCCCCGAGAUCGAGAUGACACAUUGACACGGCUCUUGUUCACCAUUUAUUAGUGAUCUCCUCUUCGUUAGCCGCGCCAUUUUAACGUCUGAAUUCUGAAAUCGUUUGUUAUAGUACUGUGUAAAUACUCACACCGCAAUACAAGCAAGCAAGCGCCAAAGGAUUCUUUGUUAUGUCUGUCCGUCGAGAUUCUUUGUUUCCACAGCUACUGCUUUUCUGGCACUUGGAGAAAGGGGAAGUGUGCAGGACCAGUUCUACUUC